AUGCUGAACCCCGACAUACCAGAAGGUUCCUUUGUCCGCGGGCUCACGGGGUCUUUCAUUUACGCAGUGACGGAUCUUAUCCUUUUGCGGCACCGACGGAGCGACUUGGAUGCUCGAAACAUUUCAGAUAUUCUGGAGCGGUUAUGCAAAAACUUGGUGGACCAGGACCUCGACGAGGUCCUGAUUCCGGGUCCACGGCCUGGUGGCCUCACGAAGCGGAGGUUGGGCCUGGACCUGUGGUUCGGGCUGCUGACGGGGAGCCCCGACGUUCCGAGUUUGGUUUUUGCUUUGUAA